GUUGUCCGUGUGUCCGACGGUCGCCCCUUCGCCCUCAAGCGCUCGCUCCGCCCCCUCUCUGGCCCCGCCCAGCGCCGCCAUUGGCUGCGCGAGGUCUCCGCCCACCUGGGGGCGGGGCCUCACCCCCACCUGCUGCCCCUGGAGGGGGCGUGGCUCGAGCGGGGGAGGCUCCACCUCCUGACCCCGCCCUGCCCGGGCGGCUCCCUGGGCGACCAAUGGCGGAAGGGGGGCGGGGCCUCCCGAACGGACGAGGCCUCCCCAUUGGCUGAGCGGCACCGAGGGGGCGUGGUCUCCUCUCUGACCCGCUCCCUAUUGGCCUGGUGGCGCGGGGGGGGCGUGGCCUCCAAAAAACCCACUCCACCAUUGGCUGAACAACACCCAGGGGGCGUGGCCAACCCCCAACCCACCUUCCCUUCCCCAUUGGCCGAGAGUCACCACGGGGGCGUGGCCUCCCCCAAACCCUCCUCCCCAUUGGCCGAGCAGCCCCAAAGGGGCGUGGCCUCUCCCAAACCCUCCUCCCCAUUGGCCGAGCAGCCCUGGGGGGGCGUGGCCAACCCCCAAACCACCUUCCCUUCCCCAUUGGCCGAGCCGCCCCAAAGGGGCGUGGCCUCCCCCAAACCCUCCUCCCCAUUGGCCGAGCGGCCCCGUGGGGGCGUGUCCCCGCCCCGGGACGGUUCCCCAUUGGCCGAGUGGCGCCUCUGGGGUUACCUGUGGGACAUUUUGGGGGCCCUGAGUCACCUCCACGCCCGGAACUGGGCCCACCUGGACGUCAAACCCGACAACGUCCUCCUCGACCCCCGCGGCCGCUGCCGAUUGGCCGAUUUCGGGACGGCCACGCCCCCCGGGGAGGGGGAGGGGCUCGGGGGAGGGGACCCCCGUUACGUGGCCCCCGAGGUGCUGGAGGGGUCGGGGGGGCCCCCGGGGGACGUUUUCAGCCUGGGGUUGUCCCUGCUGGAAUUGGGGGGGUCCCGGAGGCUCCCCGGGUGGGGGGAGGGGUGGAGGAGGCUGCGGAGCGGGGGAGGGGCCGAGGGGGAGGG